AUGAACGAUUUUUACCCAUAUGACAAACGACAGGUGUCCGACCUUGAGUUAGCCUCGUUGUUUAGGCGGGAGCGUUUUGCAACAAUAAACACAAUGGAUCCGGCCAAAUUGCGGAAUUUCAGAGUUGGUAGAGCUCUUAGAGCUAUGGGAAUCGCAACUGUUGUGUCAACUGUGGUGACGGGAGUCGUCGUGCAUAUGUAUACUAAGAAAGAGAUUUCAACUAUCCGGAAAUUCUACCAUUCUUACGACCCUCAGUUGGAAUGGAAUGUUUUAUUGAAUUCUGGAAUAUUGAAAACUGUCAACAAAGAUGGAAGCCUUGUCGAUUUGGAAGACUAA